UGGUGAUUUGGCUUUUUAACUGAAACAGCAGAAAUGGGCAAAUGAAGGCUUGGCGUCAUCAGUCGAUCAGAUCGCUAAACCAAUUGUGUAGAAGCUCAUUUCAAGAGCGGAGCCUAUUCAGACGUGUUUUCAAAAUAUAUAAGCUACCCAUCAUCAAGCAGCAAGACCACGACAAUGCCGUGCAAGGACGCAUGCGGAGUGGCGACGUUCUGUGUUAUCUACGCUGUCAUAGUAUAUUGCGAUUUCGCCGUUAUUUAUUUCAUUCUGCUGCCAACUAAUAUUUUACCGUUGACGAUCGUUGGUGGGGUUGUGUUCAAUAUCUGCCUUAUACUACUUGUCUAUUCACAUAUAAAAUGCGCGUGCUCGAACCCAGGAUUUGUGUCUCCGUCAGACCCCGUGAUAUUGGGAAAUCAGCACAACCCUAGCUGGACGCAUUGCCAGAAGUGCGGAUUGCAUCGUCCACCACGUGCACAUCACUGUAGAAUAUGCAACCAAUGCGUGAAUAAAAUGGAUCAUCAUUGCCCUUGGGUUGCCAAUUGUGUUGGACUUCUAAAUCAGAGGACUUUCAUUCAGUUUCUUAUGCAUACAGCCAUCACGACAUUAUUGGCCAUCCUUCUCUCUGUAAUGUCGAUGGUUAUUUCUGUGAAGACGAAAAACGAAGACUUUGACAGCACCUCAAGGUUGUUCAUCUCUAUGUUAGCCAACACAGUAGUUGUGUGCAUUCUCUGUCUCGUGUUCUUCAUCUUCGCCAUCUCCAUGUUAGUCGAUCAGUUCCAGUCUGUGAUGGCGGACGAGACAGCAGUGGAGCAGCUGAAAAAACCCACCAAGGUUCCGGAGGGCUCGGCUACUCUGGGUUCCAUUGCCAGCUACCAUCGAUCUCUUCAAAACAAGAGCCGCCAUAGGUGUCGCAAUGCCUUCAGACGAGUCUGUGGAUACGGGAACCGCUGUUGCUGGUUUUUUCCGUGCACUAAAGUUGAGUAUUCUGUCGAUUCUGGAUGGGCAAUUGACCCGAACGAGCCUCGUAGACCCACUAUCAACACUGCGGGUGCCCCUAAUGCAUCAACGGCCAGUCUGGGUAGCAAUCUCUCGAAGAGUGGCGGCAAUAACCAAGCUAGCAAUGGCAGCUACCUCAAUUUAACGGGUAAGCAGCCCUCGAAAGCCAAGCCAGAAACACUGCAGGUAAACAUUGCCAAAAAUGGAGCAGUGGGAUCCACUGCAAAGAACAGCUUGUACGAGCAAGAAAAGGAGUCAAAACAACCGUACGGGUCGUUUAAGAAUGAAGAAUCAGAAGAUCAAGUUGAAACUAAAAAAGCAAAUGGAGUAGCUACUUACCACAAGUCCAAAUCGAAGAGCGAGGCUCAUAAUAGUACGAAUGCUGCGAAAACUUCAGCUAGUAUAGUUAGGAGCGAGAAGAGCCCGUUUACUUCGGUAGUAAUUGACCCCGAAGAAGAUCCGAAUUCUAGUCCCAGAAGAAAACGAAGGUCAAGGUCGCCGCAAGAUAGUCAGCAUAAUAGUGUAAAUCAAGUUAUUGUUAUGUGAUAUCAACUGCUACUUUCAUAGAGAAGUUUUUCAACUUAAGUCAAAGUGCUAUGAAUUUUUAAUCGUGUAAAUAGUUGGUCAAGUUUUUGGUAUAAGUUUCCAAAAUGAUAAUAUUUUAGCGUAGUUUCGUCUUCACCAUUUAAUAUUGAAAUACUGCAAUCUUUUCAUACUUUUGCUGGUUUGUAUUAUGGAACAGAAUUUGAUAUUCAGUCGUCUAGUGACCUUUUAAGAUUACAAUUAAUUUAGACUGCUGAGCUUAUUAAAU